AUGCCCAACCAUCCUAUAAAGACGGUUCAGCGCCAACUAUCCAACUUGCCCCAUUCAACUGUUAAACCUUCGAAUUCAGACGUUGCACUGCCAACUGUGGCAUUCGCAUAUGUUCACCUGUCAACCCCUGAACUUAACAGAUUAAUCGCCAACUGUCGUGAAGGCCUCCGUCCAUCUGUCAACUUUCGAACUGAUCGCUCGAAGCUAAUCGUAAGCCUUCGUGAUACCGUUCUGUUCGCCGAUUUCUGGCUCCUCCUCGUCAUGUCGUCUAAAGAGACACAUCAGCAACUCGAUGAUAUCAGGCAAACUAUUUUGAAGUUCCGCAACGUUCCUGACACUGUCUUUGACGAGCUGCACACGAAAAUAUCUAAUCUUUUGGCGCUGGUUGAAAUUCAGAAGAAGUUGAAUGAACUAGCGCGAGCAGUUCGAGAGGCAAACACACUGCCUGUUCGACGAAUUAAUUACAACAUCAGAAAGCUAGCUGAGGAUGACGAGGCGUGCAAGCCCCGCUGGACGCUGAUGCAGAAGCUCAACUGCCCAGCGAUUUUAUUCAGCACAAUGGCUUUCAACGGAUUGUUUUCCCUGCCGGAUAAACAAUAUGAGAGCCUAGUGGAGAACGUGCAGGAAUAUAUUCAAGUCCAGGAGUUACCUUCCGAAUGGAUUGCACGUGACCAAAUCAAAAGGGUUGACCCAAUCAUUUCUAAAGAGUGA